GACAAUAACACCCUCCGCGAUUCUUCCCAAAAUUAAGAAAUCGGACCGUUGUAAACUCGUAAAGCCAUAACCCCCAAAAGGGCUUUUCCGCCUUUUUAGUAUUUUCUCUCUCCUCAUUUCUUCUCACUCUCUUCACCAAAUCAUCAUUUCGUCAUUAAACACAAGGAAUAUCCAAAAGGCUUCUUCUUCUUCUUCAGUAACCGCCGCAAUCUUUCCUAACCUUCUAAUUUCAUUUCAUCUGGGUACACUGAAUUGACAUUUAUUGUCUUCUGAAAGAGAAACAGCUUUAGAGGCUCUUGUGGGAUCUUCCAGCAAUGAAGAAGUUUUUCUUUUCCAGAUUUUCCACAGAUCAGACAGUUUCCGCAGAAAACUCACCCCAUGGUGGACCGAGUAAUCAACGGAAGAAUAAGGAUGACAACACUUCCAGAAGUUCGCAUUUUGAAACUCAAAAACAUUCGUCCAAAAACCAUCAUGUAGACUCCCCCUUUGGUCUUCGAAGGAGCCGUUCAUUCUCCUCAGCUGCCUUUCUUGGCAACACAACAGAAAGAAACUUAUCUGGUUUUAGUGACCAAAGCAGCUCUCCUUCUAGUAGUAGUGACAGUGUUGAAGCUCAUCGGCAUAAUCAAUCAUCUCGGUUUCGAACACUUACUCCGGAUAGGCAUGUGAAGACUAAGCGAUUCUCUGCAGUUACUCAUGAUAGUGAUUACAGAUUGCAGAAACCAGCUGCUGCUCAAUAUAAAAUCCAUUCCUCCCAUGAUUGCUCACAAAAUUCUUCACUUAGCUCUAGUGAAGUGUCAAAUGAUGUUUUAGACCUUUACAUUGAUGGAGAACAGCAUCAUCAAAGGGGAAGUCCAAUGAGCAAAGCAUCUUCAAAAAAUCAUACAAGACCUGGUAGUGGUAAAAAGCCGCCAAGAGUUCAUUCAUUUAGAGGGGCUAAAGUAGGAGCUGAGCAUUGGGUUGAAACUGGAUUUGUACACGAAUCUCCUCAGGAUGUGGCAAAGCAUGUAGUCGAAAAGCUGUGUCAGCCUAGAAUUUAUUCGAGAGAUAAUCCAAACGAUUAUGAUGAUCCUGAUGUAGUACCCAUAACAAUUGAAGAUGUUUACAGUGGUUCCUUGAAUAGAGAUGCAGCUUUAAAGUUGAAUAACCCUUGUCAUAUAGAGCAUCCAUUGGACCGAGUUGGUAACCAUUCUUCUGUUGAGCAUGAUAGUGACUGCAUAUAUGAUGAAUAUGAUGCAGGUAACGAGGAUGAGUUGGAUGUAAAGUUGAAAUCUAAAUUUAAGGAGGCACAGGACAGGGUCUUGUUUCUCUCUGAAGAACUGGAGCAAGAGUUGUUCCUUCAUGAUGUGGAGUUCAAUGUGCCGGCAUUGAUUCAGAGAAUUAGGAACUUAACUGAGGAGAAGAUAAGCUUGACCCUUGAGGUUUCUAAUGCUGUUGAAAGUCAGAUUACUGACAGGAUUUCUCUAAAAGAACAACUUAGGUCUGCUAGGUUAGAAUUGGAUUCAAGGACACAAAGGUUGCAGGAAGAAAAGAAUGAUAUACAGUCAGUACUAGAAAGGGAGUUGGACAGAAGGUCUAGUGAUUGGUCUUUAAAGGUGGAUAAAUAUAAGGCGGAUGAGGAGAGACUCAGGGAACGAGUGAGGGAGCUUGCAGAGCAGAAUGUGUCCCUGCAAAGGGAGCUGUCUUCUUUUACUGAUUUGGGAACUGAAUGUAAGGAUUUGACUUCUAGGCUAGAUUCUGCCAUAGGGGAGAACCGGCUUCUUCAACAAAGAAACGGUGAAUUACAGGAUAAAUACAAGAUGACAGAAGAUAUAUACAAGAUGACAGAAAGGAGUUAUAGAGAGAAAGAGGAAGAGUGCAAGGAGUUGCAUUCAUGUGUAGCUGGGUUGUUCAGAACCUGCAGUGAACAAGAGAAGACGAUAGAUGGAUUGAGAGGGGAACUUUCAGAGGUAGUCCAGAAAAGGCAUCAUCAUAUGGAGAAUUCUGAAAAGCAUGUACAGAAGUUGCAGAUGGAGCAAAUAAGGUUGACAGGAGUUGAGCAGGUGUUAAGAAGAGAGAUUGAAUCUUACAAGCAGGAAGUUGAUUCUCUUAGGCAUGAGAAUGUUCUACUGUUGGAACGUUUAAAAGCCGGUGGGAAAGGAAUAACAUUCAAACUAGAUGAAGAACUGUCAGCUCGUCUUUUUUGUUUGCAGAAACAGGGUUUAUCAUUGCUUAAUGAUAGCAUCCAUCUUUCUUCAAAGUUACUGGAAUCCAUCAAAAGUGGAGGAAAGAAGGACAGCAUUGAAGGGAACAAAAGUUGUUUAGACGUCCAUUUUAUCAUUGAAUCUGACAUGAAAGUUCAGGGCUUCAGGCGAGGAACUGAAAAUCUGUUGAGAGGUUUGCAGAAUAUUUCCACAACUCUGCAUGAAAAGUCUGACCUUGUUGCUUCAGAAUCUAUGUCACAAAAUGUGGAUGAUGACAGAUAUGGGUUUCCGAAUUCACAGGAUGUGAGCAGAUAUGAGCUCAAAGCUGAAAAAUUAUUAACAACUUUAUUGCGAGAUAAACUGUAUUCCAAAGACCAAGAAGUUGAACAAUUACAAGGGGAAUUGGCAACUGCAGCAAGGAGUAAUGAUAUUCUUAGAUGUGAAGUCCAAAAUACUCUUGACUCUCUCUCCUGUGUUACACACAAGAUGAAGGAGCUUGAACUCCAGAUGAUGAAGAAGGAUGACAGAAUGAACGAACUUCAGAACGACCUUCAGGAAAGCGUAAAAGAAUUGAGUAUCAUUAGAGGGAUACUGCCAAAAGUUACAGAAGAGAGAGAUAUAAUGUGGGAAGAAGUGAAGCACUAUACUGAGAAGAACAUGCUUUUGAACUCGGAAGUAAACAUGCUGAAGAAGAAGACUGAUGCACUUGAAGAGGAUGUACUCCUUAAAGAAGGUCAGAUCACAAUCUUAAAAGACUCUUUAGGAAGCAAGUCUUUCGACCUCCUGGCAAGUCCUGAUCGAACUCACGAGUUCUUGCUGGAAUAAAAUGAUCCGAGGAGGCGAGCUAGCUCUAUGCUUGGAUGACAGACAGGUGAUCGAUGUCCAUACUUCCAUACUGUUGAUAGUAUACUUUGGUUUUCUUCGAGUGAAAAAGGUUUACUAUAGUGUUAGCAUCAACUUAUAGUUGAUUUUUGUUUGACAGGGCUAGACUACUAAUAAAGGAAGUUUUCAAUAAUUUUUUGACAGGGCUAGAUUUGAAAGAGAUCUAAAUUUGUUAACAAUUGAACAUCAUCUCAAUAAUUACAGUAGCACUUGGUUCUUUAUU